AAUGGUUAGGAAUGAAAAGCGAUUCCAUAGACAAGCUCAGGAAGAGAUAAGAAUUCUGGAGCACCUGAGGAAACAAGAUAAGGAUAACAACAUGAACGUUGUACAUAUGCUGGAACAUUUCACAUUCCGAAAUCAUAUUUGUAUAACAUUUGAACUGUUAUCGAUGAAUUUAUACGAAUUAAUCAAGAAGAACAAAUUCCAAGGAUUCUCUCUUCAACUUGUUAGAAAAUUCGCUCAUUCAAUACUUCAAUGCCUGGAUGCUUUGCAUCGUAAUAGGAUAAUCCAUUGCGAUUUAAAACCAGAGAAUAUUCUAUUGAAGCAACAGGGUAGAUCAGGGAUAAAAGUCAUUGAUUUUGGUUCCUCUUGCUAUGAGCAUCAAAGGAUAUAUACGUACAUACAGUCUAGAUUCUAUAGAGCACCAGAAGUGAUACUUGGAGCCAAAUAUGGAAUGCCAAUUGAUAUGUGGAGUUUUGGCUGUAUUUUGGCAGAACUAUUGACAGGGUACCCAAUUUUUCCGGGAGAAGAUGAAGGGGACCAAUUAGCUUGUAUUAUAGAAUUAUUGGGUAUGCCACCUGAACGACUCCUUGAAACGUCAAAGAGAAGCAAGAAUUUUUUCUCCUCUAAGGGCUAUCCUCGUUAUUGCACGGUGGCUCAGACGUCCGAUGGGACAGUUUUACUGCAGGGAGGUAGGUCUCGAAGGGGUAAAGUCAGGGGUCCACCCGGUAGUAAAGAUUAUACGACUGCACUCAAAGGCCAAGAAGAUCCGCUUUUCGUCGAUUUUCUAAAACGAUGUUUAGAUUGGGAUCCGUCAACCAGAAUGACUCCUUCCCAAGCAUUAAGGCAUAAUUGGUUAAGAAGACGCCUGCCAAAGCCCCCUCACGAUGCCUCGUCUUUAUCGGACAAGACUAGAAGGUCAGCUGUCCGCGGAUCUGCUGCUAAAUUGGGACCUAAUAAUUCGGGAAAGAGAAUCAUCGCCACUACAGAUGCUAGCGAAUUUAACACCAGAUCGAAAUUGCCACAAAUCGGAUCAACUUUAUAA